AUGGUCCUCACGAAAAUUCAUCGAGCUAUUGAAUUCAUCCAAUCUGCUUGGCUGAAGACUUACAUUGAUUUUAACACCGCAAAAAGAAUGCUUGCCAAGAACGAUUUCGAGAAGGACUUCUUCAAACUAAUGAACAACUCUGUAUUUGGCAAAACAAUGGAAAACAUGCGAAAGAGAGUCAGCGUUGAGCUGGUGAAUACACCAAAACGACUUAGAAAAGUUUGCACCAAACCAAAUUUUCAAUCCUUUAAAAUUUUCAACAGAGAUCUUGUAGCUGCGAACAUGAAGAAAACAAACAUUGUUUUAAAUCGACCGAUUUAUGCAGGGUUUUAUAUUCUAGAGGUCUCAAAAAUAUUCAUUUUCCAGUUCUAUUAUGAUUUCAUCAAACAAACGUAUGGGUCAAAAGCCGAACUACUCUUCACUGACACCGACUCCCUCGCGUACAGUAUAGAAACACCUGACUGGUAUCAAGACUUAAAGGACAAUGCUUACCUGUCUGGCACAAACAAUUACCCAAAGGACAGUCCAAUAUUCAGCAUGAAAAACUGUAAAUUGCUCGGUAAAAUGAAAGACGAAUGUAAGGAUCGGUUCGUUGGAUUAAAACCAAAAAUGUACAGCCUGAAAUGUGGGGGUAUAGAGAAACGUACAGGUAAGGGCGUUAAAAAAAGUGCGUCAUUGAAAAGCAAUUGA